AAUUCCUAAUAAAAGAAAAGGUUUCCUCCAGUCAAUUCUAUUUUCUCUUAUUUUUUUACUCUUUUCUUUCACACUCCAAUCUAAACUAAGAUUUUCAUGUCAAUUGUGCUCAUAUGUACUAGACGCAAUUAUUAUACUUAAAAUUUAAUCAGGAAUAUAUAGCAGCCGAAUUUACCUUAUUAGAAUUAUCUGCAGAUGUCACUAAUUUAUGUAAUACAUGAGAAUGUAUGCGUAUACAGGUGUCUUUUUCGUCUAGUAGUAGCAUUCAAAUAACUUUCAAUUUUUUACGACGCUGUUGAAAUAAUUUUCUUUUGUUCGUUCUGUGAGGACACAGCAACAACAACAAAAAAAGGAUAUAUUUAUUGUGCAGUACAUCUUUUGUUUACACUACUAUCUCAAGCCGUUGAGGAUGGCUGAUGAUCAAGAAGAAAUUACUUCUGACUGUAUUACUCGUUUUAUUGACACUGAAUAUGAGCUAUCAACAGCAAAUACGCCUGUCAUUGACUGUCAAGACAUGUCGAAUGUCAGUUAUGAGGAUACACCGAUCGUGUCAAUCGAAGAGGCCGUUGAACCACUUGCUUCGCUUGUACCGGACAUACAACGACGUACAGAGGAAGUAAAAAGUAGAUGUCCAAAUCCACCACCUGACGAAUUGACGCUGGACGAAUCUGUUUCAAUCAGACUCUAUUCGUUACAGUGGAUACCGUCUAACAAGAGCCUGUAUAAUAUUUUGAAUUUGACACUGCGAUCGAAGGAUAUAAAGCAAUUGAAACCUUGGUUUCGAUAUUUGAAACUCUUGUUAACAGCGCUCGAACGACUGCCAACAAAAUAUCGUACGGUUUAUCGUGGAGUCAAACUAGAUCUGCACGCAGGUUACCAUAGAAGAAGUGUUGUUGAGUGGUGGGCAUUUUCCUCAUGUUCGAGUAGAAUUGGCGUUUUGAAACAUGAACUUUUCUUGGGUAAAACUGGGGAAAGAACAAUAUUUAGUAUCGAAUGUGAAUCAGGGAAAAAUAUAGAGAAGCACUCUGCUUUUGCCAGUGAAACCGAAAUAGUCUUACUUCCAGGUACACAAUUCGAAGUUAUUGACAGUCUCGAUCUGGGCAGUGGGCUUCAUCUGAUUCAGUUAUGUGAACAGAAGACAUCUCGAUCUCUUCUACAUUCUCUUCUGACGACCAACUUAUCAAGCACUCCGGAAGGUAAGAUGGUGCUAUAUCAAUUCGUCGCCACUCAUUUCGUCGCGCUCAUUUCGUCGCGUUCUUUUCGUCGCUUCUCAAUUCGUCGCCUAUUCAUUUCGUCGCAUUCAGUUCGUCGCGACUUAAUGAAAAUUGUUACUGGAAUCUGUAACAGGACUGAAAUGCUGUAA